UCUGCCGACUAAAAUCCUCCGUGCCACUCCCCUUUAUGCUGCCUGCCGUCCUCGGGUUGUGUCGGAGCCCAGCAGGGUACAGCUUCACUGGAAUGGGCUCUAAUGUACAGUAUGAUCCAUCUGCCACAAACUGAUCGGACUGAUUGAUUCCAGCGUGUGAUCGGCGGAUGUUGGAUCGCUGGUGGACAGACAGACAGACAGCAGACAGACAGACAGACAUCCUCAGUGAGAAGCUGAAGCCUUCACAAACACACCGCGGCCGCGAUGAGACGGAUCACCGGGAAGACGAAGGAUGAAACUUUGAUCGAGCUGCAGAGCGCCUCAGACUCUCAGGUCGCAGAUGGUCCUGCUGUCUUGACCGCAUUCAAGAUUAACCUGCACCCAGAUGAAAGCAGUGGAAAUGGUCUGAAAGAAGCUCCGCUGCCUGGACAUACAGAAACAGACAAGCUCCAUCCCAACAAAGACACCGUGUUCUUCAGGGACGGCGUUCGCAGAGUCGACUUCGUGCUGUCUUACGUCGACGAUAAAGAUGGAGAGAAGAAGCAGGAAAGAAGGAGAGAGUUUGAGUCCAACCUUGAGAAAGCAGGACUGGAGCUGGAGACGGAGGACAAAUCAGACUCUAAAGACCAGAAGACGUAUUUCUUGAAGAUCCACGCUCCCUGGGAUGUGCUGGCCACCUACGCCGACGUCUUAAAGAUCAAGGUUCCCUUCAAGGAGAGCGACAUCCCUCACGGCCAGGACGUCCCGCUGGAGUGGCUCUCACACCCAUUCCGACUGCCGGGUCACGUCAUGCAUCCACAGCCCGACUACUUCACCUACCCCUUCGACAAAACCAAGACUGACUUCUUCCUCAUCAACGACAAAGACACCUUCUUCCCGCCAUCCACCAGAAACAGGAUUGUGUUCUACAUCCUGGCUCGCUGUCCGUACUACAAAGAGGGUCGCAAAGACAGAGGCAAGACGGGCAUCAAGCGGUUACUCAGCAACGGCACCUACACAGCAGCCUUCCCACUUCACGAUUGUCGAUACUGGAAAAAGGCCAGAAACGCCGAGUGUGAGAGUGAACGCUACAACCUGUACAAGCACUGGGCCAGGUUCCUGUGCUUCUACAAGGAGCAGCCUCUGAACCUCAUCAGGAAGUACUACGGGGAGAAGAUUGGGAUCUACUUCGCCUGGCUGGGUUUCUAUACAGAGAUGCUGUUCUUUGCUGCCGUCAUGGGCCUCAUAUGCUUCACCUACGGAGUGCUCAGUUAUGACGACAACAUAUCAAGCAAAGAAAUAUGCGACGCUGACAUCGGGGGCAGUAUUCUGAUGUGUCCUCUUUGUGAUAAAAAGUGCCCUUUCUGGAAGCUCAACUCCACCUGUCUCUCAUCCUGGCAAUCCCAUCUGUUUGAUAACGAGGGGACGGUGUUCUUUGCCAUAUUUAUGGGGAUUUGGGUAACACUGUUUCUGGAGUUCUGGAAGCGGCGUCAGGCCCGGCUCGAGUACGAGUGGGACUUGGUGGACUUCGAAGAGGAGCAGCAGCAGCUUCAGAUUCGGCCGGAGUUUGAGAUCAGAUGCACCAACAGGAGACUCAACAAGAUCACGCAGGAGAUGGAGCCGUACCUCCCCGUCACCAGCAAGUGCGCUCGCUUCUGCCUGUCUGCAGCCACCGUUGUAUUCUGGAUCUCCCUGAUCGUAGCCUGUAUCAUCGGGGUCAUCGUCUACAGGCUGGCCGUCUAUGCAGCCUUUGCGAGUAUCAUCAAAGACCCGAUGAGGAAGAUCCAGCUGGUGGGCCGGUUCAUCACGCCACAGCUGGCCACUUCUGUCACUGCCUCCUGCAUCAACUUCGUCAUCAUCAUGAUCCUCAACUUCUUCUACGAGCGGGUGGCCGUCUGGAUCACCGAUAUGGAAAUCCCCAAAACCCACCUGGAGUACGAGAACAGGCUGACCAUGAAGAUGUUUCUGUUCCAGUUCGUCAACUACUACUCCUCCUGCUUCUACGUGGCCUUCUUUAAGGGCAAGUUCGUGGGUUACCCCGGCGACUACUCAUACAUGUUUGGCAAAUGGAGCAACCUGAGGAAUGAGGAGUGCGACCCUGGAGGCUGCCUCAUCGAGCUGACCACGCAGCUGGUCAUCGUCAUGACCGGGAAGCAGCUGUGUGGGAACAUCCAGGAGGCCCUGCUGCCGCUGAUCCGUAACUGGUGGAGCGGCAGGAGAGGACGGCACAACCCCGAGAACCACUACAGCCGCUGGGAGCAGGAUCACGUUCUGCAGAACUUCAGCCAGCUGGGCCUGUUCUACGAGUACCUGGAGAUGGUGAUCCAGUUUGGCUUCAUCACUCUGUUCGUGGCCUCCUUCCCCCUGGCCCCCCUGCUGGCCCUGUUCAACAACAUCCUGGAAAUCAGAGUGGACGCCUGGAAGUUCACCACCCAGUUCAGACGGCCGGUGGCGUCCAAGGCCCGGAACAUCGGCGCGUGGCAGGAGAUCCUCAACGCCGUGGCCAUUUUGUCUGUUGUUACCAAUGCGUUCAUCAUGGCGUUCACCUCGGACAUGAUCCCCCGUAUGGUCUACCUGUACGCCUACAGCCCCGAGGCCAGCAUGACGGGCUACGUCAACAACAGCCUGUCCAUAUACAACAUCUCACAGAUCCCAGAGCGCAACAUGCCAGAGGACAGCUGGUCUGAUAACUCCACCACCACCUGCAGGUACCGUGACUACCGUUACCCUCCAGGCCACCAGAGGGAGUACAUGCACACCAUGCAGUUCUGGCACAUCCUUGCAGCCAAAAUGGCCUUUAUCAUUAUCAUGGAACACGUGGUCUUUGUGGUGAAGUUCUUCGUGGCCUGGAUGAUCCCGGACGUCCCGUCAGAUGUGAAGGCGCGGAUCAAACGAGAACGCUACCUGAUCCAAGAGUACCUGCACAACUACGAGGUGGAGCAGCUCAAACUCCAGCUGAGCGCCAGUUUCAUCACAGAGCCGCAGUCGGACGUGACCCUGACGCCGGACAAGCAUGAGGUGUUGUCUGAGUGCCUGUAGCCCCGCCCCCACGCCUCGCACCUCCAACUAACCAAAUCAAGAAUGGACAUAACUGGGAGUUCUCUCUUCAAUGACCACCAAGGGCUUCUGUCUCUGAGAUUUAUAAAACGCUCCUUCUUUAUUUUCUAGCGGACGUGAACGCUGGCCGGGCUGUACUCCUACAUUAGGAUCUUUACAGAGGCGUCCAGAAUAAAAACCCGAUGCAACGUCACAGUUUGUUCUGCUUCAAGUCUGCUUCCCUCAUGGAUGAAACAUUUCUGUGCCAUAAACGAAUACUUGGAAGUUGGAAAAGAAUGUGACCGUCUCUCAUAUAACGUCUUUAAACUGUCCGUUGGUCAGGAAACACAGAAUGUGUGCAGACAGACGCAGAACCUGUGUUUAGAGAGUUCAUGUCAUUCCCUCCAUGUGCUGCCUGUUGUCCAUCCUGUGAGACGAAGACGAGGAGCAGACGACUGAAUAAAACUGGUUGGAAACUCAUAUUUAACUAUGAAUGUAGAAAACACUCAGACUAACAUGUUUAACUAGAAAAGAGAAGAAACUCAAACGUUACUUAUUUCUCAGACAGCUUCACGUUUUCCUUCUUUUCUAAAGCAUUGGUAGCUACCUGACGUCUUUCCACUGAUCUAUAGCUGGACUAUCAGAUUCUCAGCUUGUUAUAUUUCGGGAGAAGCUCUUAAAAACAACUGUGCAUUUAAAAAACCAAGUACCUCUGUCCUGCUGCUCGAUCCUGUAAUCAGAGGAGCGGUGCCGGUCCGGUCGGUCCGAGUUAGGGCCUGCAUCGGCACCACAGCGAGGCAGCGGCUGCAGGCUCAUCUUCCACGUGUUGCCAACUUGCUGCGGGACCAAUUCUAAGAUUUCUACCAAAAGAAGAGACUGAAAAAUGUUGAUCCUCUGUUUUCAUACAAUCAGGUUUGUGUGGAUGAGUUCAGGUCCUGCUCCGGGUGCAUGUGCUGAACUCAGAUGACCUCCGUCUGCGUGGAGAUAAACAGAACAGAGGAGGAUUUCAGUAAACUAAUCAUACUCGCUAGCUGGCCGCGACGUGUUGCUGUAGAUAUGAAGACUUUUCUAUAUAUUUAAAUGGGUUUUAGUGCAAUUAAUUUAUUGAUCUGAUUCUGCUCUGUGACCUGAAGCAUUUGUGUUUAGAGUAACUCCAUAAGCCUUGUUCGAAGGUCUUUAGAAAGUCACCUGUAAGCCCUGAUGUCUUAGACGUGUGCUCUGCAUCGCCUCAUGAGUCGUCAUCAGUUCAGACGUGACAUUAAGUUAUUACUGUGUGAAGGGACCAGACAUGUGAAAACGCUCCUGUUAUCCAGACAUCUGACCGUCAUUUAUCUAAAACAGGACAUUUUAUCCGCCUAUGCUCCAUAUCCAUCUGUAUUUCUGUGCUUCUAUCAGAACCUCUUUGUGUACGUGAUGCCUGCAUCAGAAGCUAUCAAAGCUACGCCUGACUCUCUCUACUCUCAGGACUGAACAUCCUCCAGCGCUGGUCAAGCAUCACUCGUUGCAGACGCGUGCAGGGGGUUCAAACAUGAUCCUGCAAAGAUGCAAGACGUAUUUCCCAACAAACGAAUGCCUUAAACGUCUUUGUUUACUUGUUUUUUGUAUGGUUUUGUAUCGAUGAAGUUUCCUAUCUGAACUCUGAACCCGGUUCGUCUCAUGUGCUGCUGCUGCUGCUCGUCGCUGUUUUCUGCAUGAACUGUUGUUUAUGGAAAUAUUUUGUCAAGUUAUAAAUUGACUGUAGCCUACUGGACAGGAACUUGGCAAAGCUGGUAGUAUUCACAAUAAAGACAGAAAAAACAA